AUGUUGGAAUUAUUACGUAAUGCUUAUAAUAAAAGUAAAGAGUAUAUUUUGGGCUUAUCCAAAAAAUCACAAAUAUAUAAAAUAAAUAUAUUAAAUUAUUGUUUAUUAUUUUCGUUUUUUUUAUUUUAUGCAUCAUAUUUUUUCUUUAUAAAUGGAAUAAUAAAUCCAGCAGUAAAAAUUGUUUUCCAUGGAAGUAUUAUUGCGGACACAACCAAAGUUUACGAGAAUUCUAUAAUUGAAUCAAUAUGGCUACUGUUUACGAAGGGAAGUUAUUUUAAUAUGAUCAUGCUUUUGUUUUUUUCUAUUAUAAUACCUUUUUUGAAGUUACUUAUGGUGAGUGAUAAUUUUUAUAGUUUUAUUUUAUUAUAUAAAAUGAAUAAAAAAAGAGAAGAGGAAAAGAGACGCAGACGAAGAAGAGUACAUGCACGAGAAUAUAAUAUAGCUAAAUAUAAUAGGAAUAAAUAUAAAAUGAAUAAAUAUAUUAAAGAUAUUUAUAAGGAUAAUAUAUAUAAUAGUGAUAAUAUUUUUAAUAAUGAUGAGAUAAAUUAUAUUAAUACAGUUAAUGAGAACGAAGAAUUUAUUUUAAAGAAAUUUAAAGUCUUAAAUUUCAUAUCGCGUUUUCAAUUUGUUGAUGUAUUUAUAUCUUUAUUUAUUGUAUCAUCAUUAAAUUUAUAUUUAUUAGAGGCAAGGAUGUUAAAUGGUGCUUAUUAUUUUUUGAAUUAUUGUAUGUUAUCAACAAUAUCAUCUUUUUUGUUAUUUAGUUUUACUUCUUUAAAAAUUAAUAUAUUUAAAAAAGGAAAUAUUAAGAUAUGUCCAUGUCCCAACGAAGUAAAUCUAGAGGUUACUACAACUGGUCCCCGUUCAACAACAAACCACAUCGAAGAAGAACUACGUGAACAAAUAAAAAACAUAAUUAAUAAUGAUAAGAAUAUUAGUAGUACUACUGUUAAUGAUACCCCAGCUAAUGAAAGCAAUGCUGAAUUAGUGGAUGACCUUAAGAGGGAAGAACCCCAUACUACAGAUGACAUACAAACUGAAGAAACAAAAAAUGAGAAAAUAAAUACUAUAAAUGAUAAAAACAAAGAUAGUGACAAAAAUAAUAAUAAUGAUAAUAGUGAUAAUAAUAAUAAUGAUAAUAAUAAUAAUAAUAACAAUAAUAACAAUAAUAAUAACAACAAUAAUAAUAAUAACAACAACAACAAUAACAACAACAAUAAUAAUAAUAAUAAUAACAAUAUUGUAGAACGCAAUAAAUAUAAUAAAGAUGUUGUGUGUUAUAAUAAUGUUUAUAAGACUAUGAAAGAUAAUGAUACAUAUAUAUAUUUAAAAAAGAGUAAAUUUAAUUCCUUAUUAAAAAGCAAUUGUAUAAAAAACAAUUUUAAUAUGCUAAAAUUAGGUUAUGUAAUAUUUUUAUUCCUAUUAUUAUGUUUAUGUAUAUAUUUAAUAACAGGAGUAGAAUGCAGUUUAUUUGGAAUAUAUAUAUAUUUGAGUUAUUUUAAUUUUAAUAUAGAAGGGAUAUUAAUUGAUUAUAUGGAUAUGUUAAAUAUUUUAAAAUUAAAAAUAAAGAAAGGAUAUAUUUAUCCUUUUUUUGUUAUGUUACCAUUUAUAUUUCCUGUAAUAAUAUCCAUAUGUUACUUUUUGAGUGUAUUUUUUUUAAAGAUGUAUUAUGAAAGUUUUUCAAAGUUAUAUAAAAAGAUGAAUGACCUAAAGAAUGAAUUAGUAAGUACCUCAGAAAAUGAUAAUGUUAACGAAAGAAUAUUGAUACCAGAAACUUCAAAUAAUUUAUAUUUAAAUGAAUCAAAUGAAAAAGCGUCUAAUACAUCAGAUGAUUAUUCAUCAAGAAAUAAUAGCAAAAUAUCUAGUACCAAAAGUGAAAUGAUAAGUUCAAAUUUUGUAUUUAAUAAAAUUUUGAAUUUAUAUUUUUCAUUUGCAGUUUUUUUUUCUUAUUUAGGAUCUGCAUUUUUACAUAUAUCUUUAGGUGAAAUUAUAUGUAUAGCUUUAUUAACAUUUUAUCAAAUUGUAAAGCAUACCAAUAAUUUGAAUAUCACGAUUCUACUUAAGAGUGAUAAGAUAAAAUUUUGUAAAUUCCUUUUAUUCAUAUUAUAUGGUUUGUUAUGCUUUUCUAUAAAUUUGUAUGUAAACCAAUGGGAGGAAUAUAUAAGGAAGUUGAAAAAGUUGAAAAGACGUAUUUUAUUGUUUGAAGAAAAUAAAUUUAGUGAGAUUGUUGAUCUGAAUGCUCAAAAGGGUGAUGGUGGUGAUUUUGAGGAAAUACAAAUAUUUUCUAUAUUUUUUUCGUUUUUAAUAAAAAAAAAUGAAGGCAUAAAAAUGGGUGAUAAUGAUAUGACUAGUGAGAGCGAGGGGAAUAUAUAUGAUGCUUAUGAGGAGCAGAUACAGUUACACCAUGGUAAUAAUAUGGUGAAUGGUAUGUUGAUGAUGAGAAGAAUAUCAAUGCAAAAUUUAGAAGAUGAUGAAACUCAGGUGGAAUAUAUAAAUAGGGAGAUGCAUACGCAAGAUGAGUUACAUGUGCGAAGAACGAAUCAGAGUAUUUUAAGGUUUAAUAGGAGAAGGGGUGAAAAAGGGUAUAAUGAAGAAGAAAUGGGUGUCCACCGUGAAAAUGGUAAUAUGAAUAAUAUAAACAAUAUGGAUAAUAUUAACAAUAUGGAUAAUAUUAACAAUGUUAACCAUGUGAAUAAUAUUAAUAAUGAAGGGUUUUAUAAUGAUGGUGAAGAAGGAGAUUGUGUGAUGAAGCCUGUGGCAAAUUAUGACAAUGAUGAUAUGAAUAAAUAUGCUGAAGAAUAUAUAAAAAAUAUGUCAGGAAAUGGAGCUGUUAUUAUUCGUUCUGAGAAAAGAAUAUAUGAAAAGAAUGGAGCUGGUGAUAUAAUAAGUAGAAAUUAUAAAAAUGAAGAACGAUAUAUAUAUUUAAAAAAAUUGAAGCCAUUUAAAUCUAUGAUAUUGUCAAAAUUAGAAAAGUUGAAAAGAAAGAAAAAGGAGGUAUAUACAUCUAAAGUAUUAAUAUUAGUACAUUCAUUUUUAUUUGUGUGUAUUAUGUUAAUAUUUUUAAUGGUAUUUUUAAAAAAAGAGCCUGUUUUCCGUUUUAAUAUGCCAUCAGUUAAUAAGCGUUUAAAUAAUUUUUUUAAAUCAACAAAUUUCCAUGAAAUUAUACCAAAUAGUGUAGGGAAAUGUAAAACAAAAAAGUAUAUAGCAAAAGAGCCAUGUUUUAAUGUGGGUCGUAUAUAUCAUGAAGAAAAGACAUUUUAUCAUGCAACUCUUUUAUUUUUACAAGGUUUAAGAUCUGUAAAAAUUAUGAAUAUGAAUUUUUAUUAUGAUAAUGGAAUAUAUUAUUUAUCUUUGAAUGGCUAUUUUAAACAUAUUAUAGGCCCUCUCUUUCUUAAAUUAUGUUUAGGUAGCAACUUUUGCCCUAUAAGUACAUAUGCAUUUUUAGUUGGAAGUAAACCAACUUUUUCUGUAGAUGUUGCAGUACAGUGUAAUAAUAAAAAACCACCUUAUUAUAUGACAGAUAUUGUUGUAAAGGAUUUAAAAAUUACAAAGAUAGAGAUAGUAAAACAUUCAGAUGUUAUAGAUAAUGUUGAUAUUAAAUUAGAUGAUGUUCAAGAUAGGGUACAAGAAAAAGUUAAUGCCAUGUUAGCAGAAAAAAAAAAAAUUAUUCUCUGGAAAAAUCAAAAAUAUCAUUUGGAGGGUUUUCUCAAUUAUUUAAUAUCAAAAAAUGCUUUAUCUGGUUUCUCUUGUGAACCUAUAUAUUAUUGA